AUGAAGUGUGCCAGUCUUCCUGUUGCAGUGAUUGCACUGGUGCUGUUUGCAGUGAAGCAGAAGAUCAGCUCAGACAAGAAUGUUGGUUGCUUCCUUAUCAGACUCAGCGAAAAAGCCAUUUGUGAUAUUCUUUCAUACAAAGGACAGGAUCGUUGUCACCAUUUUGUCAUAAAUCAAACCAAGACUGGCCUGUUCGUCGUUUCUGGUGAUUCCACCACUCAUAACAGUCUCACAGAGCUGAUCAAUUACUUUAAAACCACACCGAUCCAGCCUUUUGGAGAGUACCUGACUUCAUAAACAGAUAUGGACUCUGUGGAAGAGGAUGGCAAAAAUGAGCUUUAUGAUGUGGUUCAAAAUAAGACCAGAGUCAAUGCGGGUGUUAGCGUUAAGGCUCUAAGAAGUAUAUGGGAACAAACUAGCAAUAUCCCGCAAAGCACGCCUCCUGUUCUGUAUUCUAAAAGUGUCCGGAAACUCGUGAUCUCCACCUCUAUUGACAGGAACAGCCUGUCCCAGGGUAUGAAAGUUCCACCAUUGCCAAAGAAGAAUACACCACUUCGGAAUUUCUUAAGCGCCGGGUUUCCUGGUACAAAUCCAUUACAAGAACAACACAGCUUUUCAGAAUCACGGACAUCUGGAAUGUCAGAAGGCUACAACUCUCAAUUUAAGUUGCCUAUCCACAAUGAAAACAGUCAGUCUUUAACCUCUAAUUCUUGUAACAUUAUGCCCUCCACCCCUCAACAAGCUCUUUUAGCUCCACCCAAAACAGCCUCCUGCUCUUAUGCUGUCCUUGAUCUUAAAAAACGCAAUAGUGGAGCUUGCCAAGUGCCCUAUACUGACCAAGAAGCCCUACAGCCCAAACCACUCUACCAGACCUCAUCUGUGGUGUGUGCUGGACAGAAGGACCAGCCCGAGCAAGAAUAUGACAACCGUAUAAAGCCCAUCGACAACAUCCUUUUAGCAGAAAACCCCUAUCAAGACAUACCUGAACAACGUGGCAGUAAUACCGAACACAUAGCUGAGAGCAACACCUAUGAGGACAUCCGAGUGACAGACAGCAACACGUAUGCGAGUUUGGAUGAGAUGCAACCACACACACCAAGCAUCUUGGGGAAGAAGGUGAGACCUGAUAUAAUAACAAACAAAUAUACAUAA